AUGACUGAGGACGUGGCCAUCACAAACAGCGACAAUGAAGAGACUCAGGGCCUUACAACUACUGGCACCAGUCCAGAUUCACUGGAGCACUCAGAAGACUCUGAGGCUGCAAUGAAUGAUCACAGGGCAAAGGUUGACAUGGCACUGACUGAGGAUGUGGCCAUCACAAACGCCAACACCGCAGAGACUCAGGGCCUUGCAAAUACUGACACCACGCCCACUCCCACUCUGAGUCAGGAACUCAUAUUCGACUGUUUCAAGGAGCCUUGUGUUUCUUCUCACCAGCAGCAGCAGGUGCCAGCCAAGGUGGAGAACAUCCACCAGAGUCUCAUGUCCCACGUCUCUGUGGAUGCCAGGCUGCAAACGGACAUUGUGAGGCUGGAAGAAGAACACCCUGCUGACGUGUUGCUGACCCUCCUGCGCUGUGCCCCAACAUGUGACAAAGCUGCUGCAAUGAUGUGGAGAGCCAUAGGCUCAUCGGGACCAGCACUGGAGAAUGCGCUGCCAACACUGCUCUGUGUGAUGGAGGACUGGCCUCUGCACAGAAUGUGCACCUCUGAUGGGGACAACAAGGAUGUUUUUGCCCUGGCUGCAACUCUGGUGAUCUGGCUGAUUGUCCAAGUGCCUGAGUGCCACAAGGCGAUCAUCCUUUAUUCCUCCCGCCUGUUUGUGGCUCUGCUCUUCCAUGUUGUCAUCACCACACAGCAGAUGCCACCAGAGGAAGUUGAUAAUUUCUGGAGUGCAUGCCAGGAGAAACACCGCCUUCCCAGCAAGCCCAACAGGUCCCAGUCCUCCUGUCCUUCCCAUGCCCUUGUUUGA